CUGUUCUCGGAGGGGAUGGUACCGCCCGGGCUGGGGGCGGCAGAAGGAAGGGCGGGAGCGGCCGCGCGCCAGGACCAUCGGCAGCUGUGGGGGAGGGGAGCUGAGGUAACAUCAGCAGGAUGCCCAAGGUAGAGGAGCACGGAUCCCAAAAAGAACCUGAAGAUAUGGAGGAAACAUCCCCGGCAGCGCCCACAACAUCCCGGGCAGUGUCCAGCACAUCCGUGCCUUCCCAGGAAAAGAAGAGCGACCUUCCCGCCCCUCAUUCAUCGGACAAGUCACCAUCGAAGCCUCCAAGAGCUUUCUCAGUCACCGACCUGAUGGAGACGGCGAACGAAGUUUCCAAGAUGAGCAUCGCCCAUGAGAUUGUGGUGAAUCAAAAUUUCCACCUGGAGAAGGUUACUCUACCUCCAAACAGCCUGGAAAGUUGGAUGAAGGAAACGAUGCACAAGGCUUUCUGGGAUAAUCUGAAAGAGCAGUUGUCAGCCAUCCCUCCAGACUACACCCACGUUCUCAAACUCCUGCAGGAAAUCAAAGAGAUCUUGCUGUCACUCCUGCUACCCCAUCACGCCCGCCUGCGUGGCCAGAUAGAAGAAGCCAUGGACAUGGAACUCCUCAGGCAAGAAGCAGAACACGGAGCCCUUGACGUGUCUCGCCUCUCGGCCUACAUCCGGGGCAUGAUGGCCAUGCUGUGUGCACCCGUCCGGGAUGAAGACGUGCAGAAACUCCAGAGCAUAACAGACCCCGUGCAGCUUUUGAGGGAGAUAUUCCAAGUUCUGGGCCUAAUGAAAAUGGACAUGGUGAACUUCACCAUCCGGAGCCUCCGGCCCCACCUGAAGGAACACUCAGUCCAGUACGAGCGGACCAAAUUCCAGGAGCUUCUUGACCGGAUGCCCGACUCGCUGGAUUACACCGUCAAGUGGCUGUCCACAGCAGCGGCCGGAGUCUCCCUCUCCCAGCCGACGGCCUCUCCUGACCCCGCUGACCCGGCCGGUCCAUCAGCCCUCGGAACCACCACCAGCUGCGGCUCGGCCACCCCCAGCCCCACAACGGUUCUGAACCAGGGCUACAUGAACUUGCUCCACUGGGAACCUGGAAACCCGGAGUAUCCCGAGACUCUACUUAUGGACAGACUCCGGAUUCAGGAGAUCCAGUGUCGGGUGCAUGAUCUCACCAUCUUGGGGGCCGUCCUGCUGGUGACCAGCUGCCUCUGUGGCCCUGCCCUGGUCAGCUCCCCUCCGUUCAUAGAGCGUCUGAAGCGGGGAACCAGCAUCCUCCUAGACGGCCUCCACUCGAGGCUCGAAGAAGCUUUGCUGAGUGUCAGCCAUCUGGUGUCCCAGGAGGUGAGUCAGGCCCUCGUGGAGAUGGGCCUCCCUGUCCUGAGCGGCGAUCAAGUGGCAUCUCUGAAGGGUCAGAUCCAGGGUUUAGCCAAGGCGGAGCAUUCGGUGCGGAAUAUCAUUGAGAAGCGGAUUCAUCUUUUUCUCAGCUGCUGUCUUUCCUGCGGCGUGCAGAUGUCUCUGAGGGACCUCCCGGGAGGCCUCCCGCCCAUCCAGGGCGAGCUGGCCGAAGUGGGCCACAGGUUCUUGCACGUGAUUAAUCACAACCGCCACGUGUUUGGCCCCUACUACGCUGGCAUCCUGAAGAAGCUGCUGCUCACCCCUGCUGCUCAGGGAGACCCCACCCCGUCUGCGGGCUCCUGACGCGCCAAGCCGGGUUGAUGGGGUCCGAGGUUUGGCGGACCGAAGGACUGUACAGCAAGUUCUGUGGUGCCGAUGGCCACCCGACAUCGCCUGAGGUGAACGAAGACGACGGCCCCCCUCCACCCACCCCACAGCCAGGACCUCAGGGGCCAUGGGCGGGAACACCUAUCAGCCAAACUUCAUUUCCCAAUAAACUUCUGAGCAGCA